AUGUAUUUUCCAUCAUCAAGGGUGUUCUCUACAAUUCUGGCCGUACUUUUUAUAGCCGGGAUUUCUCUCAAGUCUUUCUUACCCAAUGACGACCCUUACCGUUGCCGUGCGGUCCAGAACACCGGUCGGUGGAUCGACCCACCAGACGAAAAGGGCCAUCGGUAUCCGUUUCAUCAAUGGCAGCCGGAUGGAUGCGUUUUCCAUCAGUACGAUUCCAGUGACAUCCGUCAAUGCACAGAAGGUCGUCGAAUUGUCGUUGUGGGCGACUCGACGUCUCGACAUGUAGCCUAUGCCUUCAGCCGUCUGAUCAACAGGAAACAACACGAACAGGAUACGAAACUUGAGGCCUUUCCGAGGCUGCGAGACAAUGUGAACUUGACAUACGAUGGUCAGCUAAUUCAGCGACUCUCAAACGUCUACCUCAACAGUCACGGCAAGGCGCAACAAGAAAAAGAAGGAGGGUUUGUUCCGAACCUCGAUAAAUAUGCUGAAGAGAAGACAAACCCACCAACGAUCAACGAUCAGGAAGGCCCUGCUCUGAUCUACAUGGCUGCGGGUCUUUGGUUUACAAACAACAAAAAUGGGUCAAGGAAUGUGCCAUGGGAGCCACGUUUUGAAGAUUACCAAGACCGAUUUAACGAUAUAUCCAAGUACAUCAUUGAUCAUACACCUGACAUUGACCCGUUCACAGCGCCUAUGGAUUCAUAUGACGGUAUCGGCAAUCAGAUCUUCUAUGGUCCCGCCUCAGGACCUUGCUACCAAGGAAACGAAUCAGAAUCAAUUGAUGAGAGUAAUCGCAAAGCAUCAGAGGUCAUUGACAUGCACAACUGGUUACACGAAACCGAACAAAACCAUAGAAUCCCCAUCUUAUGGUCCGUCGUUGAAGUUGUUGCAAAUCAGAACAAGACUUGGAUCGAUCCGCUUGAGAAGGCAGCUCAUGUUAUCGACUCAGUUUCCGAGGCUCGUGCGAAUAUUGUCCUCAAUCUGCGCUGCAACGCAAAGCUCAACCGGAUGAAGCGAUAUCAUGCUGGGACUUGUUGUACUGAUUAUGGUGGCAACCAGUAUAGCAUUGUUGUUCUUCUCAGCAUUGCAUACCUGGUCGCUUGUGUCAUUUGCGAGCUCCUGCAUCUUCUGAACCUGAAGCAGUCUACAUGGACCUUACUCAACAUGCAACCAGGGUCUUUUGUACUGGUCUUGCUCAUGUGUCAUUUCGGCGACCGCACGCAGAUGAUGGCUAAAGGAAACAAGCUUUGGGAGGCAGAGGGGUUCGCGGUUUUGUGCGCUGUCUGUCUUGCUGCAUCGCUUUUCACAAUUCGGCGUUACGGCUCCAAGUGCCCGACCAGCCAAUCUUCAAUAGAUGAAACCUCGGAAUCUCUACUCCCAGAGAGCGAGCCAUCGCCACUAUCAGAGAAGCUCGUACCUCGCGACCAAGAUGAACCUUUUCUCUCCCGGAACCAGACAGAAGAGUGGAAGGGUUGGAUGCAAUCCUUUAUUAUGGUCAAUCACUGGACUGAAGCGAGCAAGGGUAGUAUUUCCAUCUACAUUCUCUUUCGCCUAUGCGUCGCUGCAUAUCUGUUUCAGACCGGGUAUGGCCACACUCGCUACUUCAUCCGGACAGAAGACUUCUCCUUCACCCGCGUAGCAGCUAUUCUACUUCGUUUGAACACUCUAGCUUGCUCUCUGGCCUACUUCAUGGACACAGACUACAUGUUCUAUCACGCUGCACCAUGUGCGUCAUUCUGGUUUCUUGUCGUCUAUGCAACAAUGGCAAUUAGAAGACAAUACAACAGCGAUGUUCAACUCUUACUCACAAAGGUACUCGUUUCUGGUAUCGUGGUUUCUUUAGUCUUGUCAUCGUUCUUCAUGGAGUGGAUAUUCAGCUUCCUUCAACUUAUCUUCAACAUCCACUGGAGCCCUGGUGAGUGGACUUACCACACCACACUCGACUUAUACAUUGUCUAUCUCGGUAUCUUCACCGCUAUCAUCCAGCACAAGAUCGGCAGCACUUCCAUCAGUCUGGCUCUCCGCUCAGUCUUGGCCUUGGCCAGCACAAUUGCCAUCUUCUUUUACUUCAGUAAGACUACAGGCUUACAUACCAGCUCCUAUGAUUCUUUUCAUCCUCUCACUUCCUGGAUCCCGAUUUUGGGGUUUAUUACACUCCGCAAUAUCUCGACGUAUACCCGAAACUAUCACUCGAGGGCAAUGGUCUGGGUGGGUCGUCACUCACUAGAGAUAUCUAUCCUUCAGUCUCACCUUCUCCUUGCGGCUGACAGAGACGGAGUACUUAUUGUUGACGGUCUCUUCGGGGACGGAUCCAUUCUAGGUGAUCGAUGGAGAACUCUACUGAUAUUGUUACCUGUCUUCAUCUGGGCAUGCAAUGCUGCAAAAUCUGCGACGGCUUCCAUCCUUGAAUUGCUGUUGCAUAAAUCACCCGAGAAUGAUGAUCUUGAAGAACCUCCUCUCGCUUGGUUAAAGGGCCUGGGAAUAACUCAUGUUCCAUACCUACAGAUCAAGGUGGCCUUUGUGGUAUUAGUUAUAUGGCUUAUGAAUCUGUUGAGUCCUCGAGAUGAGCUCACAGCCCCUCCACCAGGCGGGCAUGAGUUGAGCGUGUACUAG